CCCAAGCCUUCUGGCUAAGCUCAUUGAGCUAAUCACCCCUCAAGCUGUAAGAAAUCAAUUAGCAGCUCUCGCUGAUCUCCCUUUGGACUGUCAGGUUGAUAACUCACAUUGUGCAGACACAUUGAUCCUCGGAAGAGCUUCGAAUUCUGCUUCCCACAACUGUUACUAAUGGAUCUCGCAAAGACGCCGGCGCGGCGGCCCAUGGAGCCAGGUCUCGGGCGGCGUCUGUGGCACGUGGUGCUCGCCGUGUGCCACAUGCUGCGCCGCGGCCUCUCCCGCAAGCGCAUCAUGAUGGACGUUCACCUCCUCCUCGGCCGCAGCAAGCUCGCGGGAAGGGCGCUGCGCGGCCUCCUCGCCCACCCGGCCGGCCACGGCCACGGACAGCUCGCGGCCAACGGCACCUCGGCGUCCUCCUCGCUGGCGUCGUUCUACGGCCACCCCCGGGAGGUGGAGUUCAGCUGCACCACCACGCCGUCCUACCCGCACUACGGCCUCUUCACCUUCAAGGGCCGCGGCCGUGGCGCGCGCGGCGAGUACGGCGGCCUCGACGCGGCCGCGGUGGCACGGGCGUUCGAGAUGCUCAGCGCCGAGGUGGAGGCAGGAGGGGGCACGCCGGCGGUGGCCGCCAGCGCGGCAACAGCGACGCCGUCUCCCAUGGUGGCGUGGAUCCUGGGCCGCAGCCCCGCGGGGGUCCGGCCGCUGCGCGUCACCGACUCGCCGUUCCCCGCCAUGCCGGAGGACAGCUGCGGCAACGAGCGCGUGGACGCCGAGGCCGACGACUUCAUCAGGAAGUUCUACGAGCAGCUGAGGAUGCAGCCCUCCGCCGCCACGCCGGAGUGCCAGAUGCCCCGCCGCGGGUAGCUAGCCUAGCUCCGCCGGCUGGCCGGCUCUGCGGCGGCUUUGGUGAUUUGUCCGUGACGACGUGCGUGUGGGCGCAGACGCCCGCGCUUGUCUUGUGUCCGUGGUUACAUGCAUGCAUGGGUCCCCCCCCCCCCCCGGCCCCCAAAGAGAGCAAUAAUGAACAAUGCUUGGCCCUGUGCGUGAAUUGUUUUACCAUGAGGAUACCCGCAUCUACCGAUCGGUUGUUGUUUUAGUUUGACAUUCAAUUUGGGAUAAUUUUACUGCAGAAUUUGAAUGGUCAUGAAUCCACGACGGAGAGUCAAUAGAUUUGCGCAUUGUUCAUCAACUUGUUC